CUGGUCCGUCUGUCGCGUUCUGGCGUCAUACACUCAAUUGUGCAGGCCGGAGACCUCCGCGCUCGGAGGAGGGCGGAGACGUUGCUCUCGGUGGGCGCUGCAGUUGCAAAUUCGGAGCAGGAUGUUGGAGCGUCGGCGAAAUUCUCUAAAUGAGGAAAGCUGUAUUUCUUCCUGGGACCUGAGCUAAAGUGUUCUAUCAUGGGCCAGCAACUCUCAAGCCAAACACACACAGUUAUAAAUAAGCUGCCAGAAAAAGUUGUCAAGCAUGUCUCUCUUGUUCGAGAAAGUGGCUUCUUGACAUAUGAAGAGUUUUUGGGAAGAGUAGCUGAACUUAAUGACACGACUGCACAGUUAGCUUCUGGCCAGAACAAGCAUCUGUUGUUUGAAGUGCAGCCAGGUUCUGAUGCUACAGCUUUAUGGAAGGUGGCUGUUCGGAUAGUAUGUACUAAGAUAAACAAGACAAGUGGGAUUGUUGAAGCUUCAAGAAUCAUGAACUUGUAUCAGUUCAUUCAACUUUAUAAAGACAUCACAAGUCAGGCUGCACAUGUUCUUUCGCAGAAUGUUCCCUCAGAAGGAACAGCAGAAGAUCUGUCAUCUGUGGCAUCUUGUCAGGCCAGCAUUUGGAUGGGAAGGGUGAAAAAGCUAACUGAUGAGGAAGAAUGUUGCAUUUGUAUGGAUGGACGUGCUGAUCUGAUCUUGCCAUGUGCCCACAGCUUUUGUCAGAAAUGCAUUGAUAAAUGGAGUGGUCGUCACAGAAAUUGCCCUAUAUGCCGUCUACAGGUGACUGCUGCAAAUGAUUCUUGGGUUGUAUCUGAUGCACCUACAGAGGAAGAUAUUGCCACUUACAUACUCAACCUGGUGGAUGAGGCAGGCCAGCCCCAUAUACCCUGAUAUUAGCAAUGUUCGUAGACUUAACAUUUCCCAAGAUACCAUUUUUAUUAUUCUUUACUCAUUACACUGGUUUCUAGAAGCUAAAUCAUUCUUCAAAAAUAGUGUGUGAAAACCAACCUGUAUUUAUAAUUUUUAUUAAUUUCUUUGAUAAUAUUUGCAGUAAAUACACUACGAAUUUUCUGAUAUUUUAUGAGGUACUGGAAUAGGAGGUAUUUUAGCCCUAGUAUAACUGUUAAGUGCUAGCUUGUUAAAAUUUGACUUCAUUGUCUCAGUUGCAAAGAAUAUGGGUGGUUAAAAGAUCUGUUGUCCAACACUGUCUAAAAAGUAAAGCUUAGUGCUUAAAUAUGAAUUAAAAUGAAGAGAGUCCUUGAACUUAGUAAUUUCUGUUCUCCCAUGUAAUAAAUGUUGCCAUUGUUGUUAUUUACAUGUGUUUGGUUAAAUCAGCAAUUAGUAUGUUCUGUUCCUAUAACUUUUAUGGAAGCAGAUUAUUUUUAUAAAUGAUUGACUGUUUCGCUUCUAUUCAAAGAUAAUUUUCUAAGCAAGUAUUAAUUACUUAUAGUUUGUCUAUGCAGUAUCAUGGAUGGAUCCAGCAAAAGCUUCUUACGGUAGCUUCUCUAUCAGUAGAAGGCUUCUGAUGUAGCAGAAAGCAGUCUUUAUUCCCUUUUUCCCUUCUCUUUGUUUCCUACAUGCCCUGAAAAACUGCCCCAAAGGCUAGAAAUUCUCCAAAACAGCGAAGCUGUGGGCUAUAGUGUAGAUAGUAAAAAUCUUCUGUAUUCUGCUGUGUCUCCUUGCAAGUGCUUCUGGCAAAACACAUGCUGAUUACACAUCAUAAAAUAAACCAUGUUUAUUGGUAUUUAUUUUGUUUUGUUUAGCCUAGUCUUCAAUUUAUGAGUUUGUAGAAUUUGCCAUUAUGAUGAAAAGAGAUGGUAAAGCACAGAGAAUUCUUGGUUUCUUUUCCUGUAGGUACAAUCUGAAGCAAAAAGGAAUCUCUCAUUUUACUGUCACUACUUUGCUGUAAUGUAGUAUGUAUGUUGUAAUCAAGUGUUGGUGUCAGGUAUGACAAUGUGUCCUUAGUUGUUAACUUUCCAGAUGACAUUGAUAGAUGCCAGAAAGCCACCAUUUUCCAGUUCACAAAAUUGGUACUGAUUUUUAAAAAAAACUUUAUUUCAAAUGGCAGCUUAAAAAUGGCCCUGGCCCAAAAAGAUCAAGUCCCUAGGCAGAUUGGGCCAGAGCAAAUCCCCAGAUUGAUGCAGUACUUACAUUGGAUUUUAUACUUUUCACAACUACUAUUAUUAUAAUUGCUAUUCACAGAAUGGAUUUGGUGCCACGCAAGGAAAGAUGGAUUAAUAGUUAAAGGAUUUAUGGCCUUAUUUGGAAUUGUCUGAUAAAUAUGUAUAAUAAAAUUCUUUUCUAUCCUUGCUGAAAUGUUGCACGUAAAUAUAGGUUAAACUAAUUAAAUUGCAAAUCUGUAAUAUUACUUAAACAUUUCUAUAAAUUACAUACAGGUAUUGAACUUUAGCACUUCAGAAUAUGGGAAACAUUGUGGUUUUUAAGAGUUUAUCAGAUUCUCCCUAGAUUAGUAAACUAUAGCAGAAGUUAUUGUUUUUAUAUAAUGUGAUGUGCUGAAGAGAAGGUUUAAAGAGCAAUUCUUAUUACUUACGAAAGCUUUGAUAUACCGAAAUACUUUCUGACAAUUGAUUUUAAGUGGGCUUUGAAAUUCAGAGUAAGCAGAACAUGUUUUUCUUGUUUUUGUUUUGGAGUGUUUUUUUCACUUGCUAUAAAGCUGAUUGUGGAUUUGAUUUUCCCCGCAUCCUUAGAUAUAUUUGGACUUGCAGUGUUGUGAUCAAAGUGCCUAGUAGUUUAAUAUUGACAUGGUAGAAACAAUAAGCCAUUCUUUGUUUUUCUUCAUAUAAAGUUUGAUCUGAUGGUGCAAAUCUUUUGUAGUGUAAGCAUUAGACCAUUAAAUCCUGACAUUACUUUUCUUUUUUUCCUGCCAUGAGUAUAAAGACUUAUACCAAAUCUUGAAGAGAUGGAAGCUUUAAAAUAUGGGUAUGCAGAAUAUAAUGCCAACAGAGGGGAACAUGUAAUUAUAGGUUCAGUAAUUUCACAAUUUGUAAAUAUGUGUAAAGUGAACAUGUGAAUUAUAGUGUUUAUAUCUUUUUAAAUAAAUACACACAUUGGUAUAAGUACUGUAAUGGGUACCUUGUAAAUUAUAUGUAUUGUAGGUGUGUUUUACAGAUUAAUUAUGGAUCAUUUGCUGUCUUCCUUCUCUCUGUUCCCAUUGUGUUGUGAAGCUCUGCCUCUUAUUAAAGGACUUCUAGUCUAGAUCUGUGAGACUACAGGAGAAGCGAUAACACUCAAAGACAUAGAAGAAGAGAUUACUACAAGUUGCUUGCCCGUGGCCUUUUGACGCAUACUCUAUCACCAUAAGCAUAUGGCAAACUAGAAGCCUACUGUAUGAAAUAAAUGUGUUACUAAUCAAACAUAAUUUAAUUGUGUAAAACUGCAGCCCAUUUGAUAAGUUAUUCUUCUAGCAUUCAAUCUGAUGAAGAUUGACAAAUUUAAAAAAAGGGUUUUUUAAAGACAUUUUCAAGAGAUGAAUUGCUGUUAGAGAAGAAAAGAUGCAUUCCUAAGUUCUUUUGUGUGGAUGUGAACAUUUCUUAGUGGUUUUAUAUAAAGACUGUUAAUAACUAUAAGCAAUUUAAUGUAUUAUGAGUUUUGAGCAAUAAACACUUGAAUUUCA